AAAGAAAAAAAAAAACCUGAAUCUGACGUGGAGGCGCACCUCCAGCUCGGACAGACACCAGCGCGCCGUGGACGCGCCUCAACACGAAGGACAGGCCGACCGACCAGACUGGCUCCUCCGACCGCAGCGUCCGGUUCAGACUGUCGGUCCUGCUGAUCCGGGUAUUUACCCGCGAUUAAAUCCUGCAGAGGCGGUGCUAUAGUUUAAAAGGAUCCUCGGAUUUGCAAAGCGAUCAGAGAUCAGUUUGGACAACGUUCCCCUGAGAAUGUGCAGAUUUUUUUCAUUUAGAUAAAAACUGAUUAAAUUUCGACAUGUCCUGCACCCAAAGAGACAUUGGAGCUUCCACAAACUCCACAGAAGCCAAAAGAACAGACCCGAGAUGCAACGAGAAGAAAUGCUCAUGGGCUUCUUAUAUGACAAACUCUCCAACGAUGAUCGUGAUGAUCGGCCUGCCUGCAAGAGGAAAGACCUACAUGUCAAAGAAACUCACUCGUUAUCUCAACUGGAUUGGAGUCCCAACCAAAGUGUUUAACUUGGGCGUGUAUCGCAGAGAGGCAGUCAGAGCCUAUAAAUCUUAUGAUUUCUUCCGCCACGACAACGAGGAAGCCAUGAAAAUAAGAAAGCAGUGUGCUCUGGUGGCUCUGCAGGAUGUGAGGGUCUACCUAACAGAGGAGGGAGGUCAGAUUGCAGUUUUUGAUGCAACAAACACAACAAGGGAGCGGCGAGAUCUUAUUCAAGCUUUUGUGAAAGAGAAUGGCUUCAAGGUGUUCUUUGUGGAGUCGGUGUGUGAUGACCCAGACGUCAUUGCUGCUAAUAUUCUGGAAGUUAAAGUCUCCAGUCCAGAUUACCCUGAGAAGCACAGAGAGAGGGUAAUGGAGGAUUUCCUGAAACGGAUUGAGUGCUACAAGGUCACCUACCAACCGUUAGAUCCUGAUGACUAUGACAAGGACCUCUCUUUUAUCAAGGUUAUAAAUGUGGGCCAGCGUUUUCUGGUGAACCGAGUGCAGGAUUACAUCCAAAGCAAGAUAGUCUAUUACCUCAUGAACAUCCAUGUCCACUCACACUCCAUUUACCUGUGUCGACACGGAGAGAGCAACCACAAUGUGGAAGGACGGAUCGGAGGAGACUCUGAGCUUUCUCCAAGAGGAAAAAAGUUUGCCCACGCCCUGCGAGAUUUCAUUGAAGAGUAUGAGUUGUCGGAUUUGAAGGUGUGGACGAGCCAGCUGAGGAGGACCAUCCAGACAGCGGAGGAACUCAGUGUGCCUUAUGAGCAGUGGAAAAUCCUCAACGAGAUUGAUGCUGGUGUGUGUGAGGAGAUGACUUAUCAAAUGAUCCAGGAGACUUUUCCAGAGGAGUUUGCUCUGAGAGACCAGGAUAAAUACCAUUACCGCUACCCAGGAGGAGAGUCCUAUCAAGAUCUUGUACAGCGUCUUGAGCCGGUUAUCAUGGAGUUGGAGAGACAGGGCAAUGUCCUGGUUAUCUGCCACCAGGCGGUGAUGCGCUGUCUCUUGGCCUACUUCCUGGACAAGGGUGCAGAUGAUCUCCCUUACAUGAAAUGUCCACUCCACACAGUGCUUAAGCUAACUCCAGUUGCAUAUGGUUGUAAAGUGGAGAUGUUUUAUCUGAAUGUGGAGGCAGUAAACACACACCGAGACCGGCCACUUUUCAACACAUUGGCGCCGCAGCUGCAUUGGAUCCCUCCAUGUGAGGCUUUGCUGAUCCCUUUCUUGAUAGCCCAGUUUUGUUCUGCCUCUUCUAUCUUUAACUUUAAUUAAUCAGCUUGGCUUGAGCUCUGAACCUAACACUUUUAAAUAAGGUUUACUUUUACUCAUAUUGUAGCUCCCUGGAAGCUGUGGCUUAUAAUGCAACCUGCUUGGCUGACUUCAUUAUUGCCAUUAAAUAUGACUGCAUCUUGAUUCAAUUGUUGUGUGUAUCUGGAAAAAAGAGUGUGAGGCACAAUUAGGCCAGAACGUCCAUUUUUAAGUGCAGUGUCUUAAAAAAGUAUUCAUAGCAUUGACCUUCUUGAAAUUUUAUCAAUAAACAAAAAGCAGCGCAUUAUGUAAAAUUGAAAGAAAAUAAUGUAUUUUUUUAUUAAAAUUAUGGUGUGCACAUAUUUUCAAUCCCUCUACAGUCUAUGGUAAGCUGAACCACCUUUUCAACAAGAGUUUGCUUCAUGCAAUAGCAGCCACUGCAUACUGGCACUAUCCAUUCACUACAGUGGGAUUUCUGAGGCUAUAUGGUUAGACUGGAUUUUAUUUAGGGAUAUCAGAACAACCACCUGUAGUGUUCACCACUACAGGUGGUGUAUUCACCUGCAGUGAAUACAGUACAUUUUUCAGAUUUUAGACUUAUUUUGUUGUCGUUGCACAAAGACACGACAGUGAAAUUGACAACAAAAUGUCAUUGCUUUUUAUUUGUAAUAAAUGUAUCGUCCUUAUCCUUUCACUUCAGACAUAUUCAGAUGUGACAAAAUGUGAAAAGAUUUAAACUACUUCUUCAAGGCACUCUAGUUUCUCUAUUAUGAUACAUACUUUCCGAUGCAGGUUUUUAUCUCUUCAGUCAGAGCUCCACUGUAUCUGUCCAUUAAUGUGGGCAGGUAUUUAGCAUUGCUGUGUCCUUUCAGGUGGUGCCCCCGUCUCAUCUGUCCCCCGAUCUUUUUCCUUUAACCCUUGCGGUAUUUCAUCUUCUGACCAGGGUAAGGUUCCGAGGGACUCUGCUCUCAUACAUCGCCGGAAUAGUUACACUCCCUUGUCCAGUUACGACCAGGUGAAGCGGCCCAGGCUCUACAG